AUGGCUUGCAAACUCACUAUUUCUUCCAAACAGAAGCUAAUUGGAUUUAGAAAUUGCCAGCAAAUAGGGUGCAGUAGUACCAUAAAUUUGCAGCAGUCACUUCCAGCAGGGGCAGCCAAUCACAGAAAGGAUAGUGUAUUAUUUUGUAUUUCAUGCUCAAUUGUGAUUGAUUUGUUUCAACUUUUCACUGGUUUCUUGCAGGUGGUAAUGGAAGCUGUCAAUAAGCCUCGAAAUAUUGAUUAUAAAGGAAAGACUGAUCUUGUGACAGAUACAGAUAGACGUAGCGAACUUGCCAUUGAAGAGGUUAUAAGGGAAAAGUUUAAGAAUCAUCUCAUUCUUGGAGAGGAGGGUGGAUUCACUGGGGAUGCUUCUUCAGAAUACCUUUGGUGCAUUGACCCUUUGGAUGGAACUACAAACUUUGCGCAUGGCUAUCCCAGCUUUGCUGUAUCUGUUGGAGUGCUUUACAGAGGAAGGCCGGCAGCAGCUUCUGUGGUAGAAUUUGCUGGAGGACCACUAUGCUGGGUAACUCGGAGCUUUUCUGCAUCCGCAGGAGGUGGAGCAUUUUGCAAUGGUCAGCCAAUUCAUGUUAGCUCUAGUGAUCAGGUUGAAAGGUCACUUCUUAUCACUGGAUUUGGAUACGAUCAUGACGAUGCUUGGGCAACAAAUAUGGAUCUUUUCAAAGAGUUCACAGAUGUUAGCAGGGGAGUGAGACGGCUAGGCGCAGCGGCUGUGGACAUGUGCCAUGUUGCUUUUGGCAUAGCUGAAGCAUAUUGGGAAUAUCGCCUCAAACCUUGGGACAUGGCUGCAGGAGUUUUGAUGGUUGAAGAAGCAGGUGGAACUGUAACAUGCAUGGAUGGUAGUGACUUCUGUGUAUUUGACCGUUCACUCCUUGUAUCUAAUGGGACACUUCAUGAAAAACUACUAGAGAAGAUUGCCCCACCAACGAAGAAGCUUAUACAGAAUGGGAUGGAUGUGUCCCAAUGGUUCAAGCCUGAAAACUAUAAAUCAGAUGUUUAGGAAACGAUUUGGCUUAUAUGACAGUUUUUGGUCAUUGUGUUAUGUCAUAAUGAAUUUCCAUUCAUUACGCUGUGUAUUUGGAGUAUCCUUUCCAUUAAUUUAUAGUGUUACUUUUUCAUUAAGAUCCGUGAGUCAAGUAUCUGAGUUUAUUCAUCAUCACAUGUCAUUAACAUUUGCCAGUUUUCAACAUUUUGUAUACUUGAUACCUGAGGGUGCCGGUUUUUAUAAAUUGGCCGGCACUUCCCUCUAUAAUCCAUUUUUAUUUAAAUUUCAA